ACUACAAGUGUAGCGUUGGCUUGGACGUUGUAUGCAUUAGCUAAUAACCCUGCAGUUCAAGUUAAAGCGCGACAGGAAAUUUUCAAGGUUGUACAGACAGGCGAUAACAUCACAUGGGAUACUUUUGAUAAACUACCAUAUCUUGAUAAUGUUAUCAAAGAGUCACUUAGACUAUAUCCGCCAGUGCCAUUGAUUUUUCGACAAGCGAUAGCUGACGAUAAGAUAGGAGAAUAUUUCAUUCCCAAAGGAUCUAUAAUUACAAUUAUACCACCUUAUAGGUUUCCUAGUUAUUUUCAAGAACCCUUAAAGUUUGAUCCAGAUAGAUGGGAUAACUCAGCAAAGAAUACUAGUCCCUACGCUUAUUUGCCAUUUCUUAGAGGACCACGAACUUGUAUUGGUUCGAAAUUU